GCGUGCGUCGCGCGGCGUCUCGCGCUGCUGCCCGGUUCCCGCCAUCCGCCGCCACCGCCCCCCCUUCACCCCUCCCCCCCCCCUCCCCACCGCCACCCUCUCCCGGGCCUCACCCGCCCAGCGGCACCGAGGACGCGCCGGGACGCAGUGGAAAACUCAUCACUCUGGGUAGCUCCUUUCCGUGAGAAAGCAUGGCUCCCCUGAAGGUGCACGGACCUGUCCGGAUGCGCAGCAUACAGACUGGGAUUACAAAAUGGAAAGAAGGGAGCUUUGAAAUUGUGGAGAAGGACAACAAAGUCAGCCUAGUGGUUCACUACAAUGUUGGAGGAAUUCCAAAGACAUUUCAGCUAAGCCAUAACAUUAAAACUGUGACCUUACGACCAAAUGGUAGAAAACUGUGCUGCCUGAUGCUAACACUAAAGGAUACCAGCUUCCUGACAAUUGAUAAGGUACCCUUUAAAGAUGCAAAUGAAAUGCGAAUGUAUUUGGAUGCAGUCCAUCAAGACAGGGUUCAUACUGCUGGGAAACCCUCUCAGGGAUCUGGCAGCUUUGGAGGUGUGCUGGGCAGCAGGACCACACAGAAGGAAGCUAAUAGGCAAUUCUCUUAUAUAGAGAACCAGACUCCUCCCAAAAGAGCUGCAGUGGAAAGUAAGGAGGAAGCUCCCUUUCGCAAGGUGCUGGGUACCCCAGCAAAAGCAUCCGUUAAGAAUUCCCCUGGAGCUGGAACAGCGAGUAACAGGGUGAACAUUCCAGCAUCCCCUGCAUCAUCCGUCCCUCACAGAACAGGAUUGCUAGAGAAUCGUGAAAAGAGGAAAAGAAUGCAACCGCCUGGUUCAGAAAUGAGUGAAGAUUAUCCCAAAGAAAAUGAUUCUUCAACGAAUAAUAAAGCCUUGAGUGAUCCAGCAUGGAAAUACUUAAACAGUAGCAAAGAGAAACAGUUGAAUCUGAAGCAGGCAGAGGAAAACAGGACAUCAGGUAUUUUACCACUGCAGUCAUCAUCCUUUUAUGGCAGUAGGUCCUCAUCAAAAGAUUACUCCACGGGCAGUUCCACCCUGGACAGGUCUACUGUAUCCAGCCAGACCCCUUCAGCCAAAAGAAGCCUAGGAUUUCUCUCUCAACCUGCCCCUCUUUCUGUUAAAAAAAUGAGAUCUAAUCAAGAUUACACAGGGUGGAACAAACCCCGAGUGCCCCUUUCCACCCAUCCUCAACAACAAUUACAAGGAUUUUCAAACUUGGGAAACACCUGCUAUAUGAAUGCCAUCCUACAGUCCUUGUUUUCAAUUCAGUCUUUUGCUAAUGAUUUGCUUAAGCAGGGUAUCCCGUGGAAAAAAAUUCCACUCAAUGCACUUAUCAGACGUUUUGCCCAUCUGCUUGCUAAAAAGGAUGUCUGCAGCCCUGAGGUUAAGAAAGAGCUGCUCAAGAAGGUGAAAAGUGCCAUUUCAGCUACUGCAGAAAGAUUUUCUGGGUACAUGCAGAAUGAUGCACAUGAGUUCUUGAGCCAGUGUUUGGAUCAACUGAAGGAGGACAUGGAAAAGUUAAACAAAACUUGGAAGAGUGAGCCAGUCCCUAACGAGGAUAACUCACCCGGCCGGGCUUCUGAUGACCUGUCAGCCACCAAAGUUUAUACAUGUCCAGUUAUCAGUAACUUAGAAUUUGAAGUUCAGCAUUCUAUUAUUUGCAAAACGUGUGGUGAAACAGUCACCAAACGAGAACAGUUCAAUGACCUCUCCAUUGACCUUCCUCGAAGAAAGAAGUUGCUUCCUUCUCGAUCAAUCCAGGAUUCCCUGGACCUCUUCUUUCGGGCAGAGGAGAUAGAAUAUUCCUGUGAGAAGUGCAAUGGAAAAUCUGCUGUUGUCACACACAAGUUCAACAGGCUUCCCAGAGUUUUGAUUCUUCAUCUGAAACGAUAUAGCUUCAAUGUAGCAUUGUCUCUCAAUCAUAAAGUUGGACAGCAGGUGGUUAUUCCAAGAUACUUAACCCUGCUUUCACACUGUACAGAAAGCACGAGGCUGCCACUGACGCUGGGAUGGAGCGUCCAUUCUGCCAUUUCUCGUCCAUUGAAAGCUUCCCAAAUGGUGAAUUCCUGUACUGUAAGCACUUCCACACCUUGUAGAAAAUACAGUUUCAAGUCAAAGAGCUCUGCAGCACCCUGUGCAGAUUCUGACAGUGAUGAUGAGCCAUUGAAACGCUCUGUUGCCCAUAGCCAAAGGUUGUGUAACAUACAGAGUAGAGACCAGCAACAACUGCAAGAAGAGCCAGAAAAGGGUUCAAAGAGAAGUAAAAUGGAGGGUGAUAAACCUGAGCUGAGUAAUGCUGGUUUUGAUGGGAUGAGUGAAGAUGAGCUGCUAGCAGCUGUCCUAGAGAUUAGCAAAAGGGAAGCUUCUCUGUCUCUGAGCCAUGAUGAAGAUAAGCCCACAAGCAGUCCAGACACUGGUUUUGGAGAUGAUGAAAUUCAGGAGUUGCCAGAACACCUGGAAUCUAUGGAAAUGGAGAAACCCAAAGCAGCAUUAGACUCAGGUCCUGCCAGUUUCACUGAGAUAACUAAAGAUUUUGAUGAGAAUAAGGAAAACAAAACUCCUGAAGGUGCCCAGGGGGAAGUUGACUGGCUGCAGCAAUAUGAUAUGGAAAGAGAGAGGGAAGAACAAGAACUUCAGCAGGCACUGGCUCAAAGCCUUCAAGAGCAAGAGGCACGAGAACAAAAAGAAGAUGAUGACCUUAAACGAGCCACGGAAUUAAGUCUACAAGAGUUUAACAGCUCACUCUUGGACAGCGUUGGUUCUGAUGAAGAUUCUGGGAAUGAGGAUGUGCUUGACAUGGAGUAUUCAGAAGCUGAAGCAGAAGAGCUGAAAAGAAAUGCUGAGACAGGAGAGCUUCCUCACUCCUAUCGUCUCAUCAGCAUUGUCAGCCAUAUUGGAAGCACUUCAUCUUCAGGUCAUUAUAUCAGUGAUGUCUAUGAUAUCAAGAAGCAGUCCUGGUUCACCUACAAUGACCUGGAAGUGUCUAGAACUCUAGAGGCCACUGUUCAGUGUGACAGAGACCGAAGCGGCUACAUCUUCUUCUACAUGCACAAGGAUAUCUUCGAUGAGUUAGUAGAAACAGAAAAAAAUGCACAGCCACUUAGCAUGGAAGUUGGAAGAUCGGUUCGUCAGCCUCUGUGAAAAGUAAAACACCUUGUUCCUCCUGAGGAACAAGGAAGUUUCUGAACUUUUGCCAGACAUGCAGGAGUAACUAACAGCUCAGGGCCAAAACAAGAGGCAAAAGGUAGAAAAAUGGGACGCUCAGUUUGUUGAACCAUCUGUGCAAGUCCUGGGCCUGAACCACAUGUUUAAACCUUGACAUCCCAGAAUGUUCCUCCUGUGGUGAAGUUUUUAUUGUUCCUCAAAUAAUUUUGUCAGCAUGGAGCCUUAAAGUUGCAUCAAGCCACAAGACUACAGCUGCUCAUAAACUGAUUUAAAAAAAAAAAAAAUAGUGCAAAAAGGGACUCGACUAUAAAAGCCCACUCACCUGUGAGACAUGAGUGGUGAAGAUUUACAUAUCACUUGACCUUUUUUUUUUUCUUUAUUUUGCUUUUUUUUUUUCCUCCAAGAGCAAUUUGAGCAAUAGAUUCUGUAACCUAGUGUAUGUUGUGUUGGUAAUAUUCACUGGAAACACAGAUCACUGAUACCAGGCAUUUUGGAAUCACUCAAGCUGAUGCAUUUUGACAUUGAUGGAUUUGUGAGCACUCUGCUAUUGAUGUGCAGUUCCAGGAAACAAGCUGUCAGUGCUGUGGAAUGUAUUGCAUACCUGGUGGCAGCUCUGUUGGGCUCUUGUUGUUUUGUUUUGUUUUUUACACCGUUCACUGUCAUCCUCCUUUCGAUGUGAGAUAUUUGUGGUAUCUUUAGUUUUACAAGUUCUGUUACUUGAUUGCAUUUUCUUUGUGUGGUUGUUGCAUAAUUUCAGUGUGGACGGGAGAGGAGAGGUCUCCCUUAGUGUGUGCAGUGUUUCACACUGAAAUGGUAUUGCUGAGGGCUGCUCUGAUGUAACUCUGGGGGGAGGUGAAUACCUGGAGCAGACCAAGAACAGUAGCAGGAGAAGUAGCAGUAGCUGCUUGUCAUCUUCUGGGAGGGGAAGAACUUGCUAGCAUUACCCUUUCUGUGCAUGUCUGGGUCAUUGUGAAUCAGGAAGGGGGGGAAAAGGCAGGGUCUGCAGGACAGCACUUGGCACUUGAUUUGUGAUUGAACCAUCUUGGUCUUCUCAUAUCCCAGUGUAAGAGAGUUUUUACUGUAGCUCUGCCUCUGGUCUCCUUUCUGAGGAGUGCAAAGCACUCAAACUGUGAAACUAAACCAGGUGAAAAGCUUUCAGAAAGCCCAUGUUCAGCAUGAACAGAACACAAGUAAGAAGAAUUGUUGUGUUUUACUGGAUUUGGAAAAAUUACUCUUCAUUUAUAGCUUGUUUCAGCAGGGAGGGGAAAGGUCUAGUGUCUUCAUCUUUUCAGCACCUUUGCACUUAUUUAUCAGGGGCAAAUGUUUCCUUUUCCUGGCAUUUACCUAUUUCAGAGAAAAUGUUGCUGUUAAGCAGAGUAGUUACUCUUGUUUGCCUCUGGUUCUGAUUUUUGCAGCUUGGGUUUUAGAGGUGAAAGACUUCUUUUUUAAAAAAAUGAAA